CACGUGACCAACAUAAAUAAGGAAGUGUUCCGGUACGUUUAAAACAAAGGCGCCAGCAGCUUAUCGAUUAAGAAAAAAUCACGGCAGGCUCACGGGGAUGCCCGGUCCGGAGUCGGUUCGAUUCGGUCGGAAACGCGCGCUGCCGUCCUGCCCCAACCCGCUAUUCCUCCAGUGGCUCACGGAGCUCCGGGACGAGGCGAAGGAGAAGGGCCUGAAGAUCCAGUACACCUACCAGAAGGCGAUCAACUCUUUGAAUAAAUAUCCGCUUCCACUGAAAAACGCUAAAGAGGCAAAAAUCCUUCAAAACUUUGGAGACGGCAUCUGCAAGAUACUGGAUGACAAACUGCAGCGAUACCACAGAGAGAACGGUUCCAACGCUUCAAUCCACUGCCUGCCUGAAGGUGCGCCCCCUCCUGGCCGGACAGACAACAACAGCCUGGCUCCUUCCAGAAACAGGAAAGAUGCAGGUGAUGAAGGGAAGGACAGAAGAGGAGGAGGUGGAGGAGCAAAGAAGAAAAAGAGGGAGUACAUACCACAGAAGAGAUCUGGAGGAUACGCUGUGUUGCUCACCCUUUACAGACAUUCACUGAUACCAGGUAGUAAAGGCUACAUGUUUAAGAUGGAGCUACAGUCAGAAGCUCAGCGUCUCUGUGACAAAUCUUUCACUGUGCCCGAUCUUGGCAGCAAGUACACGGCCUGGUCCUCAGUCACCACUCUGAUCCAGAAAAACCUGCUGAUAAAGACUCACAAUCCUGCCAGGUAUUCUCUGACAGACGAGGGUCUGGCGUUGGCCGAGCGGCUGGAGGCGGCGGAAAAGGAGACGAAAAACCUCCCAGGGGACGACGGGAGCGAAGGAGACGGACGAGAGGACAGGGAGGAAGAGCUGGUGGUUGAUCUUACUGAGAGUGGCGAUGAUGAAGAAGAAGAGGAGGAGGAGGAGGAGCCUGAGGUCCUUUCACAAAGCGCUCCCAGUGCGGUUCGGUCCAGGAGUGACGCAGGCGGGGCGUCUCUACCAGAAAGACCGCAGCAAAGCCUGACGGCGAGCAGAAAGCCCAACGGAGGACGUCUUCUACCCGGGAUGUAUGAGAUCGUCCUGUGUGUUGACUUCAUCGAGACCACCGGCGGCAGCCACCACCGCAAGCAGGAGCUCGUCAAAGAGCUUCAGAGGAACGGCGUCAACUUCGACGUCAGGAAACUGAACGUUGGGGACUUCCUGUGGGUGGCCCGGGAGAAGGUCACGCCUGUUCCAGGUCAGCUGCGAGCUCCUGCAGGCAGAGAGCUUGUCCUGGAUUACAUCAUUGAGAGGAAGAGGAUGGACGACCUCUGUGGGAGCAUCAUCGACGGACGCUUCAGGGAACAGAAGUUUCGACUGAAGCGGUGCGGUCUCCGUCGGCCCAUCUACUUGGUGGAGGGCAGCAGCUCCUCCGCUGCUCACCUGAGUUUACCUGAAGCGACUCUCCUGCAGGCCACCGUCAACACCCAGGUUGUCGACGGCUUCUUUGUAAAAAGAGUCCAGGAUGUUCGGGAGUCGGCCGCCUACCUCACAGUCAUGACCCGAUACCUGAGCAGACUCUACCAGAACCGAACGCUGACCUGCCGCUCCAGAGAGCUGGAGGGGGACGUCACGAGCGACGAAGAGGAGCGAGGGAUCCCCUCCUGCUCUCUCAUUUCCUUUGCAGAGUUCAACCACGGAGCCGUCAAAAACAAGUGUCAGACGGUGAGAGAAGUGUUUGCCAGGCAGCUGAUGCAGAUCAGCGGUUUGUCUGGAGACAAAGCGGCGGCCAUACUGGAGCACUACAGCACCCCACACAGUCUUCUGGCAGCUUAUGAGCGGUGUGGAAGUGAGGCAGAGAAAGAGAAACUCCUCUCCUGCGUUCGAUACGGGAAGCUGAAAAGAAAUCUGGGUCCAGCUCUUAGCAGAACGGUUUAUCAGCUGUACUGUAGCCCAGGAGCCCUGACAUGAUCUUACUGAUGAACCAUUUUCAGCUAAACAGACUCUUUUUCUCAGCCAUGGCUGCCUUCCUACAACAGCAGCAGGUGAUGUUCUGCCUCGUGUGGGGAAAUAACUUGUCCGCUGAUUAUUUACAUUUAUAUUCAUUUCAAACAUUCUACUUUGUUUUAAAAGAUCAAAAGCAUUCAUUUUGUAACAUGGUAUGAGUUUACAAAAUUAAUUCUUAGGAAUGUUUCCUAAUAUUGAACCAAUAAAGUUUAUUUUGUAGCAUUCUGCUGUUUAAAA